CCGAACCACGGUUUCCCUCCUGUUUGUUGUUGUUGGGCUCUGUUUAUAUCACGUCACCCCGUCCUCCCUCACGGACGCGUCUGACUUGACUGCAUCCCCAACAUCUCCGUUUUCCUGAAUGACCCUUUCACCCAUCAACACCACUACAUCCCUGGACCUGUCAAGCCCCCCUCAACCGUCGAUCCCUUUCAGCCCUGUCAGGCGCAAUCCGCCCCCUCCCCCCUGUUCCGACCCUCGAUCCCUCCGACAACACGCCAUCAUGAGCGAGGCAGGCGGCCACCCGGGCGUGCGAAACCUCCUGGCCAGGUUCGAGAAUACCCAGACCAAGACCACCUCUCCACCCUCCCGCGGCCGAUCUCCCGUUGGCUCGGAGCACUCUGGCUCGGGCAGACCGCUGUCGAAGGUGCGUGCGAGCUUCGUCGCCGUCGAUGGAGCCACUCAGCCGAACCCCCUCGCGGGGCUACGCAGUGUGAGUGGUGUGAGUGCUCGCAGCGACAGUCCAGCGGCCCCGAUCCGGGUGAGGAGCUUCAACUCGGAGGACUUUGAAGGUGGCUUGAAGAGUCCCUUAUCCGUUUCCCCGACCAGGAAUGGCUUUCCCCAGAAAAUGCCUGACCCGGUGUCCGUCAGCCCAGAACCUGCGCCGAAGGCGAUGGAGCCCCUCGAGAAGAACGAUCCUGUCCCUGCUCCGGUACAAAUCAUAGGAUCAUCGGAGGAUAAUAAGGAGAACCCACCUGCCCCCACACCCGCCCCGGCUGCUCUCUCUCCCACCAAGCCGACGAAGACUGUCACAAAGCGACCAUCCGCUAUCCAGGUUGGCAAGACAGCCUCGCCUACUAAACCAGCUGCGAAAUCUCCAGCGCAUCCCCGCACCCCCACUUCACCUGCGAAGCCCGAGGAUAAGACCGCGAAGCCCGAAGACAAGACAACCCGACCCACGCGGACUGUGCGGCCAUCGACCACAAAGCCUAGCACCAGCGAGGCCCCCAAAGUCGCCACACACAAGCCCAGCCGGCCAUCAUUGAACACUGCGCCCAAGCCCGCUACAAGACCCGUUCGCUCUUCGAUGCCUGCCCGGGAUCAGGCGAAGCCGACGGCUCCUACCACCACCCGUACCGCGAAGCCGCGUUCUACAUCUCCAGCCAAGACUGCUCGUGUUCCGGCUUCAACUGCUGCCUCUACCGCUAGAAAGACCACCACCGGUACAACCUCCACCCUGUCGCGCAAGCCAUCAACCCUGAAGAGCUCGACCACCACGGCCCAGCAGCGUGCGAUUACCCCGACCGCUUCCAACGUGCGCAAACCAUCUGCUCGCCACUCUCCUCCUUCCGGAAACGAGCGGCCUCAGUCCCGCGUGAGCAACACCAGCUCCAAGCCCGUCGACGAGGGGUUCCUGGCCCGGAUGAUGCGUCCCACCGCUAGCUCUGCCAGCAAGUCGCACGACAAGGUCGAGGUGAAGAGUCCUCCCCGCACCAAGACGGCGCGAGUCCCCAGAAGGGUUCCUUCCAAGACUGAAACCCGUCCUUCGCGCCCGGUCAAGGUCGAGCAGGAGAAGCCACGCGCGGUUCCCGUUGAAACCCCGAAGCCUGAGGAGCCUAAGGAGGAGCCUCAGGAGGAGCCUCAGAUCAAGGCCCCCGAGGUUGCUAAGGAGAGUGCGACUAAGUCUCCGGCCGUCUUCCCUGAGCCUGCUGCUGAGCCUGCUGCCGAGGUUGCUGCUGAGGUUGCAGAGGAAGUCCCUGUCGAGACCGCCGAAGAGGCUGUGGCUGAAGAAGCAGAAGCUGCUGUUCCUACGGCGGAAGCUCCCGAGACCACUGCUGCCCCUGAAGCUGAGGUGGUUGAGCGCCCCACGGAAGCCGCCCUUGUUGCGCAGGCCAUUGAGGCUCUUGCGGCGGUUCCCGAGGACGUUUCCGAGGCUGCUCCGGUCGAGGCUGCUACUGAGACCGUCGAACCGGCCGUCAUUGAUGAGGCUGUUGAGACCAAGGAGCCCGAAGCCUCCAUCGCUGCCCCCGCAGAGGUUGCCACUGAAGCUGUCGCCGAGCCCGAGUCCAGCGAAGUUGACAUUGACAUGGACAAACUCUCUCUGCACUAAACGGCAGACCAAGCCAAAAAAAAAAUACCAACCUUGACCAGUUGAAAUAGAAUAUCUUCUCUUCAUCUUCUCUUCUGAUUUCCCUUCUCGUGACAUAUCUUCUUAUACCCUUGAUACUCGUGAUGUGACCAGGUACAUAUGCUUGUCCCCACGUGUUCUCCAUACCGAUUUUAUUCUUGGCCUUUUUGUUUCUUCGUUUAUCCCAUUCUGAUCUCCGGUUAUCUUUAUCUUCAGUAUCUCGGGCUCGGGAGCGGACAUUAUCUUGUUCUAUCUACGGGGGCAAGACCGACGACAACGGCGACGGUGCAUGUCGGAGCAUUGCUGGUGGAGUUGAUGGAUCUGAUCUUAGUUAGCGAUGUGUACGGAGUACUGCAUCUUGCUUGUGUACUGGGUUGUCAGUAGCAUACAUCAUA